GUGCGGCGAUAAAGAAAAAAGGCGCGAGCAUAAUCCGAGAAAGAAAACAGCGCAGUGAAUGUCGCCGUCGACGAAUUCAGGUUGUCGUCAUCACCGUUCUAACCUGUACCGAGGGACGUUGUAUUCUUCGUUCUGGAAUUUUCCGACGCGCUGUCAACGUUUGUUUGCCAACAGUGAUUCGGCAUGAUGCCAUGUAUUCGAGUACGCUGAAUGCAGAACUGUGCAAAAUCGUUACCAUGGCCGACGAGGUAUUGCCGGCGAGUUUGGAGAAACUCGAAAUUGAUCGACUCUCGUCGAGUUGUCCACAUGUAACACCAACUGAAAAGGCACAGUCACAGAAUCCAUUUCGAACAAAAAGUAAAAAUGUCAGUUCUGACAGUAGUCAUUUAUUUCAAAAGAAAUCCAUGCCUGUGAGGACAACGUCAACUGUAAUUGGUCCUAGAGGGGUGAAAAGCACAACGAAUUUCAAACCAUCAAAAAAUGAAAGAGUAUUGGAUAAGAAAAACUCGAUAAUCAAACAGGCUGUUUUAAAAUUAAAUUGUAUUAGUGAUAAUCUAGCGGAUACGUUGCUUAAAGAAACAUGUAAAUUUAGUAUUUGUGGUAAAAAUUCAAAGAUCUUUGGCCAUGGUUCAGUGACAAAGGACUUUAAAGCACUAAACAUUAGUCAAGACUCUAGGCAAGCUAAGGAUGACACCAGCAUUCAAGAUAAUUUUCAAGCUAGUAGUUUUCAACGAGCACGUAGUAAUACAAUGCCAAGCUUAAAAAGGGGCCCUGGACCAGGCGGAGGUAACGGUACCAAUCAAUCAGAAACAACCAGCUCCGCUGGUCAGCCUUCGAGUUCAAACACAUGUUCGGUACAAGCAAGAAUAUCUCCACCUCCGUGCGAUGUCACUAUUGACGAGCUUGCCAGCUACUUCGAGGAGUUUGUCCAUAUUCCAAAGAAGAUGUCACACAUGGCAGAAAUGAUGUAUAUUUAAUUAUAAUAUAUUGAAUUGUAACAGAUUUCUUAUACAGUUUUUUAAGGGCUGACAUGCAAUGUUUAUGCAUGAAUGCGAGUCUAAAUACUGUGUUUGCUAUGGAUCCAAUUUAAUUUGGUACCUAAAUUAUAUAUAAUACACAACAAAAAAUGCAAAAAAAG